GCCUUCCUGCAUUCGUUGGUAAGUUUUGGAAUUUACAAACUCUUAUACUUAAUACAAAGGCGUCCACGAUUGAGAUAAAAGCAGACAUAUGGAACAUGCUACAGUUAAGGCAUCUGCACACCAACGUCCCUGCAAAAUUGACAUCCCCUGCUACCCAAACAACGUAUGGAUCGUCUUGCCUACAAACUCUUUCUAAAGUCGCACCAGGUAGUUGCGGAGAAGAUGUGCUCUUAAGGGCUUGUAAUCUCAAAAAAGUGAGUAUUCAAGGGGAAAUGGCUGAAUUUUUGGAAACUAACAAGGGUGGGUUCAGAAACUUUGCAAAGCUAAAGUUUUUGGAACAUUUGAAGUUGUUGAAUGACUUUGGCAGGUCCAUGAGAAAAGUUGUUCAACUUCCUCCAGCAUUCGCCGAGCAUCUGCAAAAACUGAAUAAGCUAACUUUGUCAAAUACAAAGUUUCCUUGGAGUGAUGCAAAUAUACUAGCGCGGUUGGAAUGCCUUGAGGUCCUAAAGCUGAAGGAAAAUGCAUUUAGCGGGACGACCUGGGAUUUAGAUAUCGGAGGCUGUUUUAGCCAACUCAAGGUAUUGUUCAUUCAAAGAGCAGACUUUGAGAUUUGGAAGGCUUCAGAUCUUUCAUUCCAAAGACUUAAGUGUCUUGUUCUUAUAUCAUGUGAUAAGCUUGAGGUUGUGCCAUUUGAGCUGGCUGGUGUAAGUAGCCUUCAACAGAUGACGCUGGAGAACACAAACAAGGCAAUCAAAUCUGCAAAAGCAAUCGAAUGCAGAAAGAGAGAGCUGAUACAAGAAUCUAAAAAACGCAAAUUUGGAAUGGAUAUCAGUCAAGCUCCAGAUAGUUCCAAAUUCAAGCUCAUGAUAUUCCCCCCUGAAACUUCGGAUUGCAACGCCAUAUAGCAAAGUUGAAAAAGGAGAAAUCAGGACAGUAUUGACCUUGCUGUGAGCCUGGGGUCAAGAACAAUUAGCUGGAAUACUUGAAAUGAUGCAAUAAAGAAAAUUAAAACCUGUUUGUCUUUUAUUUCAAUGUAAAUGAGGUUGUAACGCAAGCACUACUGGGUAUGUUAUUGUUGUUGUUUGACGUAGAAAACUAAUCUCUGAAUUUCGUUGGGUUUUGUUGCAUAUCGAGUUCCUGG